UAAUAUUUUUGCAAAUUCUUCUUUUCGGUUUCUUCUGUUUUUGAUUGUAUUCGUUUUUUUUUUUUUUAGCUUGAGGAAUUUGAAGUGUCUUUGGUCCUUAGUCUUUCACUGUCUUGUUUAGAUUUCAAUUCUAGAGGAAGCAUGCCGUAGACUGUACGGUAGUGUUAUGAACUUUGAUUCUUUGUACUCUUUUAGAACACCUCUGUCAAGCUCAAGAAGCCAAAAUACCGAUGGGGGAUUGUGAAUCAAUUAUGCCAACCUCUGAAGGGGAGCAACACGCUCUAGCUGCAUUUCAGCAUCUAGUCAAGUUCUUAAGAAAAAGUCAGAACGUGAAUAAUGAGUUGAAAAAGCUCCUUGCCGAUCUCGAUUCUCAUUUGACUUCCUUGCCGUUGUAUACUCAUUUAGAGGUUGGGAAGUUGAGCGAGUUAGAGACAAGGUUCAUAUCUGCGGAGGAGAAGAUUAUGAGAUGGGAAUCUAACAAAUCCAUGAUAUGGGAUUCUGGUCCCAAAGAGGCUUGUGAAUAUAUGAAGGCUGUUGAUGAAAUUCAUAAAGUUCAGGAAGGUCUAAGAAGUUUAUCUGCAAAUGACAGUCAAAAGCAAAAUGAACUUCUUUUCCAGGCCGACUCUGUCGUACAGAUUGCAAUGGCAAGGCUAGAGCAGGAGCUAAUCCACAUUCUUGUUCAGCACAAACUAUAUUUUGAGCCUGACUAUGUUCCCUUCCAGUCUGGUGGCUAUGAUGUUGUCUAUAACGAGUCCUUUGUUUCAGCUGAGGAAGUUUUGGAGGUGGAAACUUCCCACGGAGAGAGUAUUCCUGCUAUAUAUGCUGUGAACUUGGUCCAUCCACACGUGAUCCCUCAUAUUAAAUCCAUUGGAAAUCUUAUGUUUACUUCAAAUUAUAUUCAGGAAUUCUGCCUGGCUUUUGUUAAAAUGCGGAAAGAUGCGUUGAACGAGUAUCUGUUCAUUCUCGAAAUGGAAAAGUAUAGCAUUGGAGAUUUGCUGAGCAUGGAAUGGGGCGACUUAAACGUGAAGAUCAAGAAAUGGGUUUGGCUUAUUAAAAUUGUUAUUAGAGUCUACCUUACUAGUGAGCAAAGACUCUGUAACAAUAUAUUUGAAGGCAUUGGAUCUUAUAGUGCAGUCUGCUUUACUGAGAUUUCAGCAACUGCUAUGCUUCGCCUGUUGAAUUUUGGAGAGGCCAUAGCUAUGGAACCCCAUCGACCGGAAAAGCUGUUUCACUUGCUAGACAUGUAUGAGGUCCUAAAGAAUCUUCUUGGAUACAUAGAUGAAUUGUUUUCCGAAGAAACAGAAAAGGGUUGUUUUCUCAAAGUUGAGUUCCAUAAUCUUUUCAAGAAAUUGGGUGAUUCUGCUAGGGCUACGUUUGUAGAUUUUGGAAAUUUCAUUGCAUGUUCCAUAUCAACAAACCCUUUUCCUGGCGGUGGUGUUCAUCAUCUAACAAGGUAUGUAAUGAACUACAUUAAGACCCUUACUGUUUUCAGAGACUCGCUUGUUUUCCUUCUCCAAGAUCAAGCAACAGAUGGCUUAAGUCCAACUUCUGAGCUGCAGAGUGAAAUCAAUAGCAUACCUUGCCCAAUGGCUUACCACCUUCAGUCAAUCACUUCACAUUUGAUAUCCAAUCUUAAUAACAAAUCCAAGUUGUACAAGGACGAUGCUCUACGACAUAUUUUCUUAAUGAAUAACAUCCAUUAUAUCGUUCAAAAGGUUGAAAACUCUGAACUCGUAGCCUUUCUUGGAAGUGGGUGGAUGCGAGAACAUAUAAGAAUGUUUCAAAGUCACGCAAUUAUCUAUAUGAGAGUCACCUGGCAGUCUGUUCUUUCUCUGCUAAGGCUUGAUGGUGAUGGAAUGAAAACUCCAAAGGCAGUCUUUAAAGAAAAGUACAGGGCCUUCAAUGCAGCCUUUGAGGAGAUAUAUAAGAACCAAACCGGUUGGAAUGUCCCAGAUCCUCAACUACGUGAUGACUUGCUUAUUCAAACCUCAAAUUGUGUAAUUCAAGCAUAUCGAAUCCUCUACGAGUCAAGGUCUCAAUCUAACCGUGAAAAGUAUAUCAAAUAUACGACCGAUGAUCUGAGCAAGCAUAUGCUGGAUCUCUUACAAGGCUCAUCGUGCUCGUUGCAAAGUUCACGCCGGAGAUGAUAACUGUUGCUGGUAAUGGUUUUAGAAUUCAGCAGCCCCUUUCGGCAUUCAUGUCUUCCUUUUCUCGUUAUCUUUAUAGGCACUUGUUAAUUAUAUUGUUCAAUACCCAUUCUUGCUUAAGACUCUAGCAUGUAUCCCAAUACCUACAGAACCUAUUCAUUUAUACUGACUACCAAGUCAACUUGUAAUACUCACAGCUUCUCAUUGUAUAAAGUUCGCAAAUAUUGAUUACUA